UUAGAUAUUGCUUAUGCAUUUAAACGAUUUCAUUUCAUUCUGAAAGACUCUUCAGUCUUUACAGUUCACACAUGCCAGCUUCAAAUUCAAGAAGCUUCUUUCACCUCAAAAAUCUCCGAUCUAUGUCCAUCGUCGCCGCUAUCCAUAUCCAAUUUCCGAGCAAAAUUUCCCCCUUCCAGCUCAACCUAACGGAAGCUAUCCGCGUUGUGCUUAAAUGGGCACACAAAUGGUGGACAGUAACAUAUUAGCCUUCAUAGAGAAUGAAGUGAUGCCUCUACAUGAAGUACUAAAUGCAAUAAGAAUGGUAAAGAAUGAAGCAGUUGAAAAGAUCAAUCCUUUAAUCAUCAGUCAUGCUUCAUCACUAAGUUCUUUGCAAAUGGAGUCUUCCUCUGUGGAUUUCAUCAUAUCCAUGGGUACAUCAGAAGAUUUUCCUGGUGAUAAUUUGGUUGGGGAAUUUUCACGGGUUUUAAAGCCUGGUGGACAAAUCUUUAUUCAUCAAAGUUUUGAUGCUGCCAAAAAGAAUACAACAUCUUCCCUUGGGCGCAAGUUAUUAGUUGCAGGGUUUUCAAAUAUUGAGGUGGUUCAGAUGGCAGAGGUGCUGUCUGAAGGUCUCCAGUCUUUUGGGGUAAAGGGAAAGAAGCCUUCUUGGAAGGUUUUACCAAAAGUUGUGGUUGUUGAUGAAAUGGAUGUUAUAAAUGAAGAUAGUCUCUUAUCUGAAGAGGAUAUGAAGAAGUCCCAACUCCCAACAAUUGGAGAUUGUGAAGUUGGAAGCAAACGAAAAACUUCACAACCACCACACUCCCUACAAUUUGAACCCAUCCGAUUUCCUACUAAAACUUCACAAAACAAAUUUCAUGCAUCUCAACCCCAAUCAACAGAUGAUGAUGACACAUGUCUACCUGAACCAUCUCGACCGGUUAAGAGCUCCAAAAGAAAGAGCUCUGAGAAAACCGCAAAUCCUUGUUGUACGGGUCUUUCUAACGGUCAAGAAUGUACUUCGGCCGAGGAAGCCGCAUUGGCAAGUGCAUGGGUCGACAUUUUGGAGGAGGAUGGUUCAACCGGUAACGUGGAAACUGUUGAACUCAAUGACACGGAUGACGAGAUUGAGCCCGAGGAUGAUGAUAUUGAGCCGGAAGAACCUAGAAGCCCCAUUGGGAAGGAUAAAGGAAAUAGAGCUUCGUCGUCAACGUUAUCGGGAUCCGGUAUGGAUGAAAAAAUAGAUCGAUUAGUGGAUAAGUUGGACAAAUUUACCUCGACUUAUGGCCGAAUGGAAAAAGAAAAAAUCCGUAUAAAGGAAAAAGCAUGGAAGGAAAAAAUCCGUGCACAAAAUGAAGCGCGCGAGGCUGAAGAUUUUAAAAUCUUAACGACAAAUAUCGAUCAUCUAACUGGACCUUCUCUUCGAGCGGCUUUAGCGUUGAAGGAAAAAAUUGCAAAAAAAUAUGGUUUUGAGUGAUUUUUUUUUCAUGUACUCUUAAAUAUUUUAGUUUAACAUAAUUAAUUAUCAGAAA